AUUACCUGAUAUAGAAGUGAACGAGACUGAACUUCAAACUAUAUUGUGUAUAAUAAUAUUGAAUAAUGUAACAAGAAAGAUUCCGUAUUAAUAUAAAUGUCAUUUAUAUUUAAUGCAAAAUAAUAGAAACUAUUUUGUAGCAUCAUGAAAUACUUUAUCUAUGUUAUAAUCACUAUGAUAAGUAUGAUUAUGCAUAUUUUAAAGUUGAAUAAUGAUUAAUUAUUGUUUUGCUUCUUCUUUUUUCAAGUUGGAGUUACCUUAUCCUACACUGUCAAGGAUGUGGAUAUGUCGAACAUAGAAGAAUCGGUUAAUUACCAUUCAAACGACAAUUCCACUUGUUCUAUGUGUAUACAAUAUAUUACCAAAUGGCAAACAUAUUUAAACUCAACUUCAUUGGAUGAACAGAUUGAAAAAUAUAUUAAAUCAACUUGUGCAUUUUAUUUAUUUUUCAGACAUCAGGUAAAUUAAAUUUUGUUGUUGUUGUAUUUAUUCAGUUGUCAUGCAAAUGAUUUUACACUUAGUUUUAAUUAUCUACCAAUUUAACACACCGACUGUAACACUAUCAACAUUUAACAACAAGUGGAUCAAUUCGUUUCGCUAAAAUGUGAAUUAGAGAACAUAGAAAAUAACAACUCAACAGAUGUUGCUAUUAAUAUGUCUGUAACUAUGACAGACCCUGGAAAAUGAUUUUUCAUAGUAAUUGGUCAGUGUUCAGCUGGAUAGAGAUAUUUAUCAAUGACAUGUCAUUAUUGUCGAUAAUGUUUAGCUAAUACAGCUUGAGAAUUCUAUACACCCAGCAUUCUAGUGUAAACUGCGAAUAUUCCUAUUAGGCAUUAGGAAUUUAUUAUAAGUUUCAAAAUUUGUCACUGACGCCAAAAAACAUUGUCUGAGAAUAGAUUACAGAUUUCAACAUGCUAUUUGUGAAGCUGCUGUACAAAAUCAGUGUAUGGAAUUUCUACUUAAAAAUCCAAAUACUUACUGUAGAACUUCUGUAUAUUUUAUUUUAAUGGAGUAUCGACUAACUUAUAAUUCAGAAUUGCAGAUAAUACCAUAUUACAAUAAUAAGUUUAAAAAUUUGGAAGAUUUCAAUUGAUAUAUCGUGAUACAGGGGUUUUCUGAGUACUUCGCAAUAAGACAAGAUAUAAGCCAGAUAUCAUUUACAUUUUCUUACAAACAGGACUCAUACAAGUGUAAAUCAAUGAGUUUAAUAUAAUCCACAAUUUACUGACUAACUGGUGAACCAGUGAGGUAACUAUGAAAGCCGAUGGACUAAACUGAAAAGUUGUAUGAACGGUUAAUAGUUUGAAUAAGCCAACCAAUUUGUAAAACUGGCUUCCUUAAGUAUAAGUACUCGGUUAUGAGUUCUAUUACAAUUAUCUUUGUAAUCAUUAUGUUGAUAGUGAAUAUUCUUGUAAAAAUCUUCAUUCUGUUUGAUGUAGUUCCUAGUGUUAUUGUUGGUUGUCACAUAGUUACAGAUCAUAGAGAUGUCCUGUGACCUAAAACAUUUACGUUAGAAGAAUUAGUGCAAGUGUAGGCUUGAGUACAAUAUAUAAACUGAGUCUUAAGUUGAGCUGGAUGGUAAUAACUGAAAGCGGUAACUGAGAUGAGUUCUAACAAAGUACCGUGAGGCAAUAUAUAAAAAAAGUUGAACACGAGAAAAUAUCUAAAUCAAAAAUAUAACAAUAUAAACAGAUAAUUAUUAAAACUUACUACACACUACUGACAAACACAAGACAAGGUAUCACUUAAUAUCAAUCCAUGGGUAACCCCUGGAACACUUUCAUAGUCAUAGUCAGGAUUAUAAUUUGCCAUUCUUGUCCAUUCAUUAAGUCAUAUGGCAUCAUUCAACGGAAACCUUUCCCACUGAUACAUAUAUAUAAACAAUCUUCACUUAUGUUUAUAAUCUAUGUUUUUUUCUUUUGUUAGCUUAUACGAAAUAGGUUAAUGUAUUUGUUUUCAGUAAACUGUUUUUUAAUCACCUAAAGAUCAUUUUUACAGGGGUGAUGUAAAGAUAGAAUCAGGAUAACACUUCUGGACAUUACCAGGGUCAUAACAUACAAAAGCACAACGAUCAUACUUUGAGAAUUCAUAUAUUUCAAUGUAAACAGAAUUCGUUAAAAUAGGACCGAUAUUAUAACUGGAUUAAAUUUGAUAAGUGAAUCAAGUUAGAAAUUUCAUUAUUAGCUUCUUUUCCUAUUUCAACCUAUAAAAAUUGAUUUGAACUACUGAGAAAUAGAAAGAUAUGUUUUAGCAUGAGUAUGUAUAAGUAUUACAUCCGGACGAGGAUAAAUGAAUGGUAAACGUUAGAAAUUACGUACGGGCUAAUAUUAUACUCAUAUUCCUAUUUUAUGACUAUUAUUAAAUGACUGUAUUAUAUGUACAUUCAUAUUCCUUUCAUUAUAGGCUUUUAUUCGACCUAAUGGCUAUUAUUAUAUGAUUUGCUAUUCUCAAUCCAUUAGUCACAGUCUCUCACAGUCACAGCCACUUUUCGGCUUGAACUUGUACAAAUGUUAUUCUCUGCUUUAUGGUGUGAUGUAGUCUGAUUUGCUUGUAUAUAAACCAAGUAUUUUCAAAAUAUAUGGUUCGUAUCUUGGAGGUCAAGAUUGACGUUCUGGACUAAAUAGACAGGAUAAGACGGACAAAGGACCAAUCGGAACUCUGGGCUGCUCGUACAGUGUAUGCGUCAUUAAUUUGAUCGUAUAAGUCAGCGUAUCUAAAUAGGCAAUCGUAUUUCAUGAUGUCGUAUAGAUCAGAUCAUAACAAUUAGAGCUAUAAUCCAAUAUAUAUAUAAGAAUCCCUUUUACAUAAAGUUUCCCAUAAAAGUGAUCUUUUAAUUACGUGUUCGAGGCGUUACUAAAAGUUUAAUUUAUAAACGUUUAAGUUCUGAAAAUGUCUAUUAACUUUAUGGCAUUAUGACAAUUAUUUCCAAAGGUAUAUUCAUUACUUUUGUGAAAUGUUUAAUUUGUUUUAGAAGUUAUUUGACUAUUUUAUUUUUGAUUUCAGUGUGAGAAGAUGAUGGAAAGAUGUUUGAAUAAAACAAUCCAUAUUAUAGAACAAACCAAUGCUACAACAUUAUGCAAAUUCACUCCUUUCUGUUAACAAUGGGUCGGGGUAAUUAUGAUCUGACUAUUUACAUUAUGAUGUAACAUUAUUUAAAGUGAAAAUAUAUGUGUAAUAAUCAAUGCCAUUUGAGUUCAUUUUUAAAAUGUUUUCAAAAAGCAUAAUGUUCUCAUUUACUAGAUAGUGAUUAUAGUGUUAAUGACUUCUCUGAAGAAACAUCUUACAGCUAUCAAUUUUUCUUACCGGACGUUAUAUUUUGAAUAAUCCGGUUAAACUUGAGAAAUUAUUGAAAUUCGUAUAUAUAAAUAUAUCAAGGUCGAUGAAUGUAUAAACAAAUGAAAUAUAUAACCAAUUUCCAAUGAAGAAUCUUGAUAAACAAAUGAUGAAAUAUCUAUGAACAUAAGAUUUUAAAGAAAUAAACUCAUCUCCUUUAACAAUUUAAUUAUUGUAUUCUAAUUAUAGUGGAAAGUAAACUAUUUAUAUCAUAUCACCCAAUAAUAAUAAUAAU